ACCACCGUCUCCACAGCCACAGCCAGUGCUGAGGUGCUGAGCACGAACCGCGAGGACUUAUCUGGCGGAAGCAGCGGUGCAGCGACGCCAGCAGGCGCCAGUGGCAUCAGCAGCGAAGCUGAUAUUGGCAGCAGUCAACAUGUCUUCAGCAGCAGCCAGGACAGCGGUAGCAGCAGUCAGACUGGCAGUAGUGGCAGUCAGUCAGUCAGCAGCAGCAGUCAGGCAGUCAGCAGCAGCAGUCAGGCAGUUAGUAGCAGCAGUCAGUCAGUCAGUAGCAGCAGUCAGAUCACUAACAGCAGCAGUCAGCCCGCCCUCAGCAGCAGUCAGACCGCUAGCAGCAGUCAGGCGGCUAGCAGCAGUGUUUCUGAGGUUGCAGCAGCACCCACAGCGGCCCCUGAGCCGGCUGCUACCACCACGUCCACCCCUGCAGCUACUCCAGCCACCAGUGGGGCACCCAGCAGCAGCAGCACAACCACAACCAUCACCACCACUACCACCACCAAUGCUGCCACCACACCCACACCGCCACCGCCGCCUAUCACCUUCUCUGGUGGCAAUCCUGCCAUUGGGGAAGAGUCGAGUGGUAGCCCUACAGCGCUAGAAGGGUCCAGUGGCAGCUCUGCGGCCCUGGAAGGGCUCAGCACCACCGAGCCACGCCCCCCUCUGCCGCCUCCCAGACCACCGCACCGCAUCCCGUCGCGUCUCGAGGAGAAGCUGGAGUCACUCUCUUGUGACAUUCCUCCAUUGCCGUCGGAAUCGCGCCUCUGGAGGGGCAACGAGACUCACGAACUCCUGCUGCCCAUCAUUGUGACGCCCGACUGCGAGGGCGAGGAGGUGGAGGAGGGCGGCGACUGCGCGCCCGUCUCCGUCAGCUGGGAGGGCGGCGCCGAGCUGCAGAGCGGCGACGUGCUGCUGGUGCGCAUCGACGAUACCAGGCUGGUGGCCGGCCGACAGGACAGCGCCAGGACCCGGCCGGGGCACCUGCCCGGAGACCGCUACGGCCCGCCGCAGGACGACAGGCGGCGCCAGCCCGAGACGGCCGUGUACCAGGUCACCCGGCCGGGACACGACCACUGUGACGUCACGGAGGGCGUGCUGCUCGACAUCACGCCGCUCAUCGUUGACGGCCGCAAGGUCGUGACGCUGUACGACAAGGACCUCACCGAGGGCAUCAAUCUGCUCAUCGUGGUUUCGGAGCGCUGGGGCGGCCAGUGUGUGCGGCUGAGGGUGCUCGUCAAGUCCGACAACUGCGGCGAGAACCAGGACUGUUCAGCCAAGGGCGUCUGCUUCUCCAACAUCUCCAUGGAGGGCUACGAGUGCCAGUGCUGCCCCGGCUUCGUGGGCCCGCACUGCGAGGAGCGCGACGCCUGCUACCCCAGCCCGUGCCGCAACAACGGCAUCUGUGUCGACCUGUCGCAGGGCCAGGGCGGCAACAGCUUCCAGUGCCUCUGUCCAUACGGCUUCACCGGCAAGACGUGCGAGGCGGAGGCGGACCCGUGCGGCUCUGCGCCGUGCCAGAACGGCGCCACGUGCGUGCGCAACGCGACGCACUUCCGGUGCGUGUGCCCCACGGGCUACGCCGGCGAGGUGUGCCAGCGUCCGCUCAACCAGUGCGAGUCGUCGCCCUGCAAGCACGGGAUCUGCGUGGAGCAGGAGGACGGCUACCGCUGCUUCUGCCGGCCAGGUUUCACGGGCAUGAACUGCGAGUACGAGUACAACGAGUGCGAGUCCUCCCCGUGCAUGCACGGAGGCACCUGCACGGACCAGGUGGGCCGCUUCUCGUGCGCCUGCGGCCGCGGCUACACCGGCAACAGGUGCCAGGUCAAGGUUGACCUGUGUGACCCGAACCCCUGCCACGACCACCACUACUGCGUCGACCGCGGCAACAAUUACACCUGCGAGUGUCCCAAAGGCUUCUCCGGACCCGACUGCCUCAUUCCGUCACGAGCGGCGUGCAGCGUGAACCCGUGUCGUCACGGCGGCACCUGCUGGAGCAGCGUGGACUCCUUCUACUGCGCCUGUCGGCCGGGCUACACGGGGAAGACCUGCCAAGAGGAGUUCGUGCUGGAGGCGAUGCCGAGCGCGAUGCCGCGCGCGACGGGCCGCGACGGCCAGCUGGACCUGCAGAUGCCCAUCUCCAUCCACCUGGACCACCUGCACAACGUCUACAUCGCGGCGGGCACGCUCGCCUGCGCCGUCGUCAUCGUCGUGCUCACGGUAGCGGCGUGCCACUGCCGAGUGCACGAGACGUACAAGCGGUGCUUCCUGAACGCGUCGCCACUGCUGCCCUGCAAGCUCUCCAGGCUGGACGACCCAAAGUCCCCCAGGACGCCUUUCCUUGGCCGCAGGGGCAGCCGGGCCUCCAUGCUGGAGCACGACCGUGAGAGGGAGCGCGACCGCGACCGAGAGCGGGAGAGGGGGAAGGCGGGGCCCGCGGGGGGCGGCGGCCGCUUCCCCGCGCUCGACACCGCCGAGAUGUACUACACGCUCGACUUCAGCGACAGCCAGAGCUCGCCGCUCAUCCAGUAGAGUAUUGGGCCAAAGGCGUUCUGGCUCAGCUGGGCCCCACGCGCGCUCGCACACAGGAUGCCAGCCUCAGCAGCAGCCGUAUGUUUACGUUUGCAUAGUGCUACUCGCAGCAGCGCAUGUGUUCCUGAGGAAUCGACAUACACACACACACAGGACGGAGAACAAAAUACUAACAUUCUGUUGCUUUUACUGGUAAUCUCAAACUGCCUCCUGUAACGUCAACACGCUCUCAGAUUUCACAGUACCGAAACAAUAGUUUCUAUUUUUUUCAGAUGCCAAUCAGCACUUGCUACACUUUGUCAUGAAUAUUGAGUAGCAUUAACCCACUUGGACUAUGCGUUGCACAGUCAACAGUACUCUUUGUGAGACAAUACUCUCGCUAUUGGUUUGUCACCAAUCAGCUUAUCUCUCUAGAAUAUUAAAAACUGUAACAGAGUAUCUGCAGCAGUUAUAAAAUAAAACAUAACACAAGGACUAAGGUUUCUCGUCCAUCAUUAAAAUAGUCCACUUAUGCCCCUGUCAGUCCCAUUUCACACGUCAAUAUACUAAGAAAGUAAGGUCAGAAGGAACGAAAAACAAACUGAAUUUGUCCUUUACCAAUAUUACAGGAGACUCUCAUAACAGAUAACAAAAAUUUUUAAAUCUCACAGAAUUAGAGUAGUGUGGCCAGCUAAUAAUUUUGUGAGCUCUAAUAUGACUUUGAUGUCAAUAUAAAAAUGAGCUAAUUUUGGAAGUUAGGACUGUGUACAAGGGUAGCUCAGUAGAUAAUGCUCUCUUUUUUUAAUUUUUUUGCAUGAAAGGAGAUGCUAUUACAUGCAAUAAGACAUACAAAAAUUUAGAUUAAUUUGCCACAUUUUAGUGUAAUCAUGUUUGUCAACCAUUUCUUUCUACCUUGUAAGAAGUGCAUGUAUAUCACUGCAGUUAAAAUCAUGGUCUUCCAUCAAAAACUUGAACUUAAAGCUUGCUUGUAUUUAUAAUUUUCGACAGGAACUCUUUCCCCUCCACAUUGAAGCAAUAUAAAAGAUUGGAUGGAGAUGUUUUCUUUGCUUCUUCAUUCUGGUUUGUCAACAUUUUCAGUACCCAGCUUGCACAAAUCUUUCAGGAGCUCAGUUUUUUUCAUAAUGGCAAUCACACUCCCUUUAUCAAUGGAUAUCUGGUGAUAAGAUUCAUCUGUUAUGAUCCAGCAGCCACACAGACACAUUUGAUGUAGUUGAUGCACUUGGUGUUGUGUGACAUCAUUCCAGUCACUGACAAGCCACUAAGCAUCAGACAACUGUGUUUGAGCUUCAGGUUCUCUACAGCAGUGAACCGACCAUCUAAGAGUGCAAACACCCACCACAUCAUCUCUGUACAUCUUCUUCAGUGUUUCAGGAAUGUGAGUGGACAUCUCAGUUCCUGCAGUAAGGAAUUUAGUCGCAGACUGCAGUCUUACACAUACCUUAGCAUCUGGUCCUUUCUAAACUUAUGUAUUGAUGCCACCUUUUGUUGUAGGAGUGUGUUACUGGAGUGGGCUGUAGAAGGUGAUUUUGGAAAGUGAACUAAAUUCACGAUUACUAUAUUGUCUACUUCGUGAAGAAGGGAAAAAAGGCGUCAUUGCUACGUGACUGGCACUCAUAAAAUAAAGUGCUGAUCCUCUCAUGUGACAUAUGGUGAAUAAAUGUGGAGAACAGAUCAGAUACUAGGAACACAAAGAUGCUUUUAGGCUAAGGAAUUCUGACAAGUCAUAGGUAGUUCACCAUGUAAAACAAAUAAAGUCAACCCUUAAAGGAGAACAUGAUUUAGAAUUAUUACACUUGGAAAAGAAUAUAAGACUCUCUGGAAGAGUUAGAAAUAGAUAUUCAAGAAAACAGUUUCGACAAUCAAAUUCACAUGAAGCACAUAAUGAUAGUUUUAAAAGUUUCUGGAUGUAUUUCAAUGCAAAUGCAUAGUAAACUAUUGAGUACUUACUUGAUGCAACAGGGAGAAUUUGUGUGAACCUGGACAUCAGUAUACAAUCAGUAUCUUUGAAAAUAGCGAAGAAAAUGUACCAAGGGAAUGAUGUCACGGUUCAGAAAGCAAUUGCACAUGCAUGGUAGUACCUUCAGCAAGCAACAGGUAAUGACUAUAUUAGGAGAAGCAUCAAGAGGAUACCCUUGGUGCUCACUACUAAUAAAGAUGGCCAGGUGCACAGAUAAUGUGUGUUACAAGGACAGAAGUGGACAAUUUUAAUUAUGACGAGCACCUAUGCCUUAUGGUCAUUUCAUUUCAUAGUCAAAGUAUUAAAUUUUAUUUUAUGGAUGCAAGAAAUGUGUCGUAUGAGUUUCUAGCGUUUCUAGUAUUGUAGAACUAAGAAUUAUCAACCUGACGAUAUAUUUAUUGUCUCUCACAACAUGUUGCUCCUUGUGUAAGACACAAUUAAGGUAUCUCAAUGCUACUCAUCAUCCCUGGAACUGAAACAACUUUAGAAAAAUGAUGUUAUGUAUUGUGCCAAACUUUUUACUGUACGUUUACUGUGAGAAAUAUAUUAGUAACUGAGAUAUUCAAGCAGCAAAAUGCUUUACAAGAAACAUCAGCGAUUAAAAAGUCACAAGAUAUAGUAUUCACACAAAAGUCUGAACCUCAAUGUCACGUAAAUGUUUUCGUAUUCAACUACACUCUGUAAUUUAUCUUGUGAAUCCUUUUGUGGAAAAUUAUAUUCUGCCAUAAAGAGAAAAGUACAAGAGAUGUAAAACGUGAAGAACCAAAUACAUUUGUGUAGUUUUGUCAACCCAUUACAAAAAGUGUCUACUGUCCAUUUCAAUGAAAUUCUUCUGACAAUGCGAUCCCUUCAUGAUAUAACAAAAACUGUAGGAGUUUCUGCUACAUGACACUCAUCCUGAUGAUUGGUGCCUGUAAUUGUAGACGAAACGUUGGCAGUUUCGUUUUUGUAUCAUGACACCAAGUAACAUGCAGGAAAAUUUUAUUGAAAUAGACACCACAGUCGAAGCCUACACUCAUACAACUAUUAUUAAAAUUGUUUCCAUUUAAUUGAGCGCUUGAAACUGUAAUGUUAAUGAAUGAAAUCAACACUGUCUGAUGUAUAAUUUGCUCACUAGAUAGCACCAAUCACAUCUACACAAGUUCCAUUUUUUUCAUAAUAUAUAGAUAAUGAAUGCCAAAUAAAAGGUUCAUUCUUUGCCACAAAUUGGGAAAAAUUGGGAAUUGACUUCAAAAAAUCGAAUGGAAACCAGUAAUGUCAUCUGGAAAAUGGCAGUUUAGAAAAUAUGAAAUAUAUUUGGAGCUAAGACCUGUAAGUUCUGCUAAAGCUGAGAUCAAGAGAGCAUUGUGAUCUUCAUUUCAAUGUAGAUGUCCGAUAUUCACACUGUGUCAUUGCACUUGCCCUUCAUAUAUAAAGUAUUUGUGGAACUUUUUUCCGAACUGCUUCAAUGCGAUUAUUUCAGAGCGUUGUAUUAAUAUUGCAUCUUUUUGCACUGGUUGUGAAUACUGUCUAAAAGAAUUUAUCAUAGCAUACAAAAGAGUUAGAUUCAUGUUAAUAUCUCGACGUAGGACAUAGAUACAGAUGAAGAAGAUUAAGAAGAAAUGUUGGAUGGAAAUGCGAUUUUGAUUCUGUAGCAACUAUGAAAACUUGAGACUGUUAACGUUACACGAGGCACAAUUUCUAUGCCUUGACAAAUAUCAAAUUAUGUAAAAACGAAUACAAGACAAACAUUCAUACCUUGGUGAAUUUUUCUAAAAAGUCCCUAGCAAAAAGCAGUUGCUUGUAGAGACUGCACUGUGGCAACAUCAUUUGCCUUUUCCACAGUCAUGUUUCUGUAAAGUGCAGCAGGGAGAGGUAUCCUUGAGAAUAAAACUUUAUUUCGUAGCACCCGGUACAACUUCACAGCAAGAAAAGUUUUUGGUAGCUGUAUAGAAGAGUAAUGAAUGCAAUGCAAUUACUGCUCCAAUUAGAACACUAUUUCCUGUCGGAUAUUAACAUCUAGAAUACAGUCUGUUAAUGCGAUACCUCUCGGAUGGAAACUGAAUCAGUGUUUUGAGACAUGAAAGUAGAAAUUAAUGGGCUUCUUGCAGGCAGGGAAUUAUCAGAAAGAAAAAUACGAAACAUGUUAGUGUCAAUUUAAUGUGACGGGUUUCUCACUAUUCAGUUAUAAUGUUGGCAAUCACGAUAGAUUUUUAGUGUGAGUAAAUAUUUGCUAUGUGUUUAUUCUGAUUAACUAAAUUCAUUAGAUAACAUCAAUAUUCUUCGUUAUCUACAAACAGAUAUCCGACACACAGACAUUACUGCGAUAUAGUAGUCUUUAUGAAUUGUAAAUAAAUUUUACAUGCUUCCUUAAUGUGCCACAUCAGAGACUCAUAAAUAUAGGAGCAUCAUAGCAACAGUUCACCUUACUUACUUAUUUUGCUGUCACAACAUUAGAAGGUGGUACAUACAGUUCAAAUCAAACAAAAUUCUUAAGACAUAUAAUUCUGCAAGGAUAUUUUGCAAGGCUAAUUAGAGUAAAUGAGAACUGGCACUUUGUAUUUGCACGUAGCUCAGAAACUAAAUUGUUUACUUCAGUAUUUGCUUUAUAACAAAUAUUCGUGAAUUUUUAAUGUACACCAUCAAAAUAUGCUCACAUUGAGCUCCAAUACAAUUAAUUGAUUUCUUGCUUGGAUAAAAAAAAAUGUUUGCAGUUUUCGUGGCCACUUGUCGACGUAUUGCCUGUUAGCUUCUGUCUUGGGUUCUUUGGCCAGUGUUUCGUUCAAAUGGCUCUAAGCACUAUGGGACUUAACAUCUGAGGUCGUCAGUCCCCAUUAGUGUUUGUUUGACGAUUUUUCUGACGUUUCACUAGUGGGAGCGUCUGGGGUGGUCAAGCUUCACCCCUCCCCCUCUCACUGUUGAUGUCGAACUGGAUUCUAGCCCAUGACCGGCAGUUAUUAUGUACCUAUGGUGCCAACGUGUGAGGGUUUUUCCCUGAUCAUUACAUUUGCUCAUCUACUUUGUAUGCGGUACAUUCCUGACAUUGAAAAUGGGACACUUUUGCCCUCAACCGAUCUGAGACACUCUUUGGUUGUUAACUGGUAAGUGGAAACCUCUGGAGAACAGUAGAGCACUUAAAAAGAAGCAACAAAUUUCAGAUAUACACAAGAUCAAUUUUUUUAAUUUUCUUAGUUACAUUUUUCGCUGUUACGUGUUUGUGUGCUUUCUGUCUUUUUUCAAAUUUCCAGCCCAAUUAUAAUGAUAUUUUUCUCUUUUCUAGUGUUGUCUUCUGAUUGCUAAAUGAAAUGCUUAAAAUGUCUACCCUUAACUUUGACACAAGUUCUAAACUCCGCAUCAUGGAUUGUCUUAAUCGCUCCUAUAUUCCAGGUGUCUGCUGUAUCUCCUGAAAUACAGAGAAUAACACUAAGGCGAAGGAUAUCAUCAUUUGCAAUAGAACUUGAAUACAACAUUUUCUUUAACUGCUUCAAAAAACAAAAAGUCUGUGGAUUGAGGUCAAGAGAUCCAGGAGGCCUAGACGCUGCUCUACAAUCUAACUAUUAACUUGAGAAACUCUGAUUUAAAAAUUCUUCUUGCCUGCAAUACACACUAAAUGCUAGGACAAUAACUAGUAUGGAACAAGUUCCCACUACUGAUUGUUAUCUUGAUACUAAAGGGAUUUGUUUGUUUACUGGUACCAUGGGAACAAGUAAGAAGGAUUAGAUGUAACACAUCCCAGAACAAACAACAUACGAAACAAAAAAAUAUUUGUAGAAUCGAGGUGAAAAUGUGAUGAAGAAAAGACAGAAACAUAGCAAACAUGUAACAACAGAAUGUAUCUGUGAUUGAGAAACUAAACAAAAUUUACAGUUGAACUUUUUUAUUUCUUUUUAAGUCCUCUAUCAAUUCAUUUGACGUUUUCCAAUUAAUAGUUAAUAUUCUGUAUGUAAUCUCUGACUGAUAGCACUAGCAAAGAAGGCUGUAAGUUUGACAUGCCAGCCACUUGCGUUGGUGAAACGUCAGAAAAAUGGUCAACGAACGUCGUCCAAAAAGCUUGAGACAGAGGCGAACAGGGAAUACAUCAUUUAAAAAAUUAUCAGGGAUAAAAAUGAUGUGUUGCUUAUUCGACACACCACAGCUACAGUUUGUCAAAAAUUAUCGUUCUCAGAAGUUACUAGCUUGAGUAAUGGAUUUGGUGUAUUAUCGUAACGAAUUUUAGUUUCUUCUAUUUAUAUUCCACUACUGAUGUUUUUAUUAAUACAGAAGUAUAUUAUUUCCAUUUUUUUUCACUAUAAUUCGUGAAAGUUCCAUUUAAAUAAUUCUUCCGUCCGAGGUAGUGAACACAUGUGAUUUGACUAUGUGCUCUCAGAUGCAGUUGCUUUCUUAUACGUGCCAGAAGUAAGAGGUAAAUUGCAUAGAGCAUAGAUGCGAAUAUUCGCCCAGUUCAGGAAAGCAUGAGAUUCACACAAACGGCGCCUUCUAUUAGUCUCGAUUGUAGUCCAUGUUUCUUAAGGGUUAGUUUUAUUUGGCAUUUGGCAGUAAUUAAUGUAACUUUGUAGUUGUUAGAUUUGUAGCUUCAACCACUUAGAGAGAAUUGUUGCUGAAAACCUAGUUCUAGAAACAAAUCGUUUUUGAAGUGUUUUUGGAAGAAGUUCAAAUGUUAAAUUAUUUAUAGUGGAAUUGAUUCAGGAGACUUUAUCAACACAAAUUUAGUGCCAAAGAAGUUUUAAUGUUAAUGUAGUUGUGCCAAAAAGAAAACAUAAUCAGUGAUCAGCACCAAAAAAGGUGCAUUAACUUCAAACAAGGGUUAUGGCUGGGGGCAAAGAAUCAUUUCAGCAUGGAGCACGAAUUAAUCACAGUUUUUUAAGGAUAACUGGGAACCUGUUGUAAUUUUUUAAUAAUCUGAAAAUUUAUCAUGAUAUCCUAAUAAAUUCAUGAAAACCAUUUUGUCUUUCUCAGUAUAUGUAAUGUGUAAUUUAUUACCUGUCUUACUUGUUACCAUAUACCAUAUAUUCUUUGAAAUGUCAGUUAAUAAAUACCAAUAUAUUUUGCUGUGUCUUAUGAUAAAACAAUUUAGGCUACUUUGUCUGACACAUAUUCAUGUACAUUUUUAUACCUCAGACUGGAAUUUGAAUGAGAUGCUUGUAAUUAACCCUGGUUUAACUUUCUCACCAACUACAAAGGUAUGUUCACCGCUUAAAAUUAAGCAUAUGUCUGCAGUCCAUCCAUUACACUUGCAAUUAUUUAUGUAAAGAUGAUUUCUCUUAAUGUGAUGGCAAUUAAUGUAAGAUAUAAACUAAUAAUAAUAAAUUGGUAUAAAUUAA